AUGACUCCACAAUUAAAACUUAUUAAAAUCGCUGAUUCCUUGACUGAUUACGAGGUGGAGAAUUUAAUUAAAAUUCUUCAAUCACAUAUGAACAAAAAAUCUCAUAUUCCGUUACUAUCACUAUCACCACUUUAUAUAGCACCUUCUUCAUCUUUUAAUAAUAAUAUUAUCGUUGAUGAUAUAAAAAUGAACGGCAACUUUCUUAAAUUCACAUGGAGAAAACAAUUUCCAUGUCCUUUGUGCAAAAAAUCAGUCCAAUUCUCUUCAAAGAAAAGGGGUUCAUCUUGGAAAAAAUGCAGCUUUAUAGCUAAUAAAUAUGAUAAACAAGCUAUUAAUGAAUAUUUAAAAACUUGCAAGGGUAAAAUUUCCAGAGAUUUUAUCCUCAUAACAUUGAAAAUAUAUCCUCUUGAUGAGGAGGAAGGAACUACUGAUACCAAGUUCAAUAAGAUAAAACUCAAUGAACGUUGUUGUUCUUUGUGUAAAGAUAUCCAUAGUAUGUAUGAUGCGUAUUAUGGUGAAGAAUUAGGAUGCUGGUCAUCCAAUACCACUUUAAAAGAAAAAGUGCCUGUCUAUAAUAAAGAUGAAAUAGAUGAAUAUUUAUUAAUACAUGGACGAGACUUACAUAGUACUAUACCAAUAUUAAAUCCACAAAUUAAAGUAACUUUUUCAGAAAAGAUUCUUAAUACAAAUUUGAUGCCAUAUUUACCCGAUUAUGAAUAUACCAUGAUACUGUCAGGAAAAGAUAAAGGUAAAGAAAAACCUCCAUUUGUUGUUAGAUUUGAAAAUAAACAUCAAAAAUUAUAUGGUGGUAAAAUGGUAAUAUCAGAUAGUAUUACAUUAAUUGGGUGCCAUACCAAACCAGAUAAUUCAUAUAAUGAAACGAUGAAAUUGUUAGAACAAGUUUACCCUAAAGUACUUGAGGAGUCUGGUAAAAAUCCAUUAACAUGUGGUAUAGGCAAUGAACAGGAUACUACUGUUAUACCCAGUGGUGAAAAAAGUAAAUUUAAAUCAUAUGAUCGGAUAAUAUAUCAAGAAUCUAAUGAGUAUAAAUUCAAAAAUUGUAAAGUAUACAGAUAUGAUAAGGAUUGGGAAGGUGAUAAGGAGUUAAUUCAGAAA